CUGGGCAAUGGCCGAUCGCUCCUCGUACCGGCACUCGAAUGCCUCGGAUUCCGACUCGCAACACACUUUCCACAUCGCACAAAAUGCNCCCUCGAUACUGCCCAAACCACCGGCUCCCGCGGUCGUCCGACACUCGUCAGGCGAGCUGAACGAGAAGCGAGAGAAUGGCAGCGACCAAGACCUCGAGAAGCAGGCCAACAGGUCGCCUCGCAGAACUCCAGACAUGGCCGAGCGAUACAAUCCGUACUUUGGACAUUCCCCGUACGAUCAGUCAAGCAUGUCUUCGGCCGAGGACGAUCACCUGGUAGAUCAACGUCUNCUGUACCUGUCUGGUCCUUGUGUCUUGGUCUCCUUUCUCCUCUGUAUCUGGUCCCUGGUCAUUUCCUUCUUCACCGUUCUGACCUAUCCAUUACGACUCUUCUCCGCCUCUCGUCAACCUCUCUCAGACGAGCUUCGCUGUCUUCUCGCCCGCUCGAACCGUGUACAACUCCGAGCAAUCUACUCUUUUGACAUUACUCAAGGAAAGAGUGUCUCGAGUCUUCUACUGGUCCAUUUCCUCUCGCCGUUAGUCGCCAUGGCUGUGUCUCUCAGCGCCUGGGCUGUCGCCAUCUACUGGGUAUUCGCCGCCAUGAUCGGUGACCCUGACGGCACUGAAGGCGGAAAUGACGGUAGAGCUACCGUUCUGGGUCUUCGAGCUUACUGGGAGAUGUGGCUCUGCAAGGCCAUGAACCCA